UUGCCAUUACGAGUAAACGUGAAAUAAGAUAAAAUUUUCAACGGUUUACAGAAGCUGAAAAGCAAAGGAAGAGCUUGAAGAUGAACGGCGAUCUCAGUAAUGGCGGCUUUGUGGAGACCGGAAAAGCUGAUAGAUCCGUUUGGUUAAUGAAGUGUCCGGUCGUGGUGGCCAAAUCAUGGAAGGCUCAGACCGCUUCUUCUUCCGAUCCUCAGCCCGUUGCCAAGGUUGUCCUCUCUCUCGACCCUCGCAAACCCGACGACCCUUCUUCUAUGCAGUUUACUAUGGAGAUGGCUGGAUCUGAGAUUGGAAAUAUACCGAAAAGUUACGACUUGAAUAUGUUUAAAGACUUUGUUCCUAUGUGUGUCUUUUCUGAAACAACUCAGGGUAGGCUUGCAAUGGAGGGAAAAAUUGAGCAUAAAUUUGAUAUGAAACCUCACGAGGAAAACCUCGAGGAGUAUGGGAGGCUGUGUCGUGAAAGGACUAAUAAGUCCAUGAUCAAGAAUAGACAAAUACAGGUUAUUGAUAAUGACCGUGGAGUGCACAUGAGGCCAAUGCCUGGAAUGGUCGGUCUGAUUUCAUCCAACUCCAAGGAUAAGAAGAAAACAACACCUGUUAAACAACCGGAAGUGAAAAGAACCAGAAGGGAUCGUGGGGAAUUGGAAGAUAUAAUGUUCAAGCUGUUUGAAAGACAACCAAAUUGGGCUUUAAAACAACUUGUCCAAGAGACUGAUCAGCCUGCUCAAUUCCUGAAAGAGAUACUGAAUGAGCUGUGCGUGUACAAUAAGAGAGGUUCCAACCAAGGAACUUAUGAACUUAAGCCAGAGUAUAAAAGAUCUGCGGAGGACACAGGAGCUGAAUAGCUUAUAUCUACCUGUAAUUUUACAUUGCUUUUCCUUUCUUAUUCCCAAUUGAAGGGGAUAGUCAAAAGGAACCCCUCAUGAAGAGUAUCGGGAAUAAUAUUCAUUUUUCAGCUUAAGAAUAUGAUUUAAGCAAAACGAAUUAAGGGGGGAUUAUAGGCAAUUUGUCUGGGAAAAGGGAAUAGCCACGGUUCAAACAUUCUUCAAUGGAACAAAUAAAAUUCCUUUUUUAUUGUG